AUGCGUUACUCUCUUUUGAUCGCUGCUCUUGCAGCUGGUUGUGUGAAUGCCACUACAAAGGUCGUUACCGUUACCGAUUGGACCACUACCACUGUCACCGAGACGGUUACCGCUAGCCCUGUGACUGAGACUGUCGGAGCUUUUAAGCAGGCUGAAGUUGUGAAGGAGACAUCCACUGAAACCGUAACUGCCGCACAAACCGCGACAUCAGAACUCGCCAAGAAGUCGACUGUCCUGGUUCCCGAAGCCCAACCUACCGCCCUCGAAAGAGAAGAGGUCAACGCCGAGACCUUCUACUGGACUUCUGCCUGGACUUCUGCCUGGACUUCCACCUACGAACCUGCCCCGAUCACCGCCGCGGCCGAAACUACUACCGCUGCACCAGUCGUCGUUGAGACUCAUUCGACUCUCGCCACCUCCACCUCGGCUGCUGCUGCUGCCACUGCCACCAGUGCCUACCAGCAAAAGGCGCUCUACAACCACAACGUUCACCGCAGCAACCACACCGUAUCGUCCCUCGACUGGAGCGCCGAUCUUGAGUCCAGCGCUCAAACUCUUGCCGCUAAAUGUGUUUACGAACACGAUACUUCCAUUGAUGGUGGCGGCUACGGUCAGAACAUUGGCUACGGAAAGACCGCUAGUCAGGUUGGUGAGAUGAUCACCAACAUGAUGUACAACGGUGAAAUCGGCUACUACCCCGGAUACGGAGCAUCUGACCCCAGCAUGACCAACUUCGACGCCUGGGGUCACUUCAGUCAGAUCGUCUGGAAGGCCACCACCCACGUUGGCUGUGCCACUGUUCUCUGCAAUAGCCUGGGCAAUGUCGACUCCUCCGAGGCUGUCCCCUUCACUGUCUGCAACUACUCACCAGCUGGAAACGUUGAUACUGAAUAUGGUGCGAACGUGUUGCAGCCCACUGGUGCCGCAACUUACACCUCUUCUUGA